CUUCAUUUCAUACUACAUAAUUCUAUUUCCUCCAAUCUAAACAACCCUAAAGGAACCUAGCCGUCUCUCUCUCCCUCUUCAUAUAUGAAAUCGAUCUUUGAUUGUUGGCAUUGGGUUAGAUAAAUUCCUCAAUUUCCACCAAAAUUUAUAAAUUCAUAUUGUAAGCUAUCACAAUUGGAUCUGAACUUUUUUUGGGGUUUAUUAGAAGAACUGUCGGAAUGGAUUUUUCAGGCAAAGAAAAUGAAGUGGAAGAGUGUUUACCACCCGGAGUGUUUGAGAUACCUGGAGAGCCAGCUGUUGCUAUUAAUGGAUUGCCUCCCAUUUCUCCAAAUGUUGAUGACACCUUUUUACCCUGCCCAGUAGUUACUGAUACAGAAUCAUAUAAGAAUGUUGUUUUUGGUCAAUUGUUUGAAGGAAGACAAGUUCACAAGUUAUCUGGAGAUAAUUAUUACAAUGGAAAAGUUAUUAGAUUUGAUGAGGAAACUGGUUGGUUUAGGGUGAAGUAUGAAGAUGGUAACAACGAAGAUCUUGAGUGGCAUGAGUUGGAAGAAGUUCUUCAGCCUUUGGACAUUAAUAUUCCAUUGGAAAAAGUAAUUAAAAAGUUCAUGAAGAAAAAACACUAAUCUCGUAGUUUAUUUUCUGGUAAUUCAUAUUCUUUUUUUGCUUUUGUUAUCACAAUAUUAUAAAGUUUCAACUA